AAUUAAGCUACUGUAGGCCUCCUAAUUAUUUGGGCACCGAGACGCGUUGCCCUCCCACCCAUCCAUCCAUCCAUGGCAUCAUCGUCCUUCCCCCUCCAUCUCAUCCUCCUCGCCAUCAAUCUCCUCCUGCUGCCGAGCGUCGUCACCCCAUCCACUGCCCGCUACUCCGCCAUCUUUAGCUUCGGCGACUCGCUCGCCGACACCGGAAACUUGGCCUUCUUCUCCGGCGGCAAGGAUCAGGCUAACCGGCCUCCCUACGGCGAGACCUACUUCCAUCGACCUAACGGCCGCUAUUCCGAUGGCCGAAUCAUCCUAGACUUCAUCGCACAAACCACGGGGCUGCCUCUGGUGCGGCCAUAUCCUGCAGGGCGCGGCAGCGAGGGAUUCGUCUACGGGGCCAACUUUGCCGUGGCAGGAGCCUGCGCGCUCAGCAACGCCUUCUACGAGGCCGAGGGAUUCAACGUCACAUGGGAGGAUUACUCCUUGGGCACGCAGCUCAAGUGGUUCGAGCAACUGCUGUCGUCUCCCUCUGUUCUUGCCCCGAAUGACGCUCUGAGCAAGUCGCUGUUCAUCAUGGGGGAGAUUGGGGCGAACGACUACAGUUCUGUUUUGGUCGGCGACAACCCCAUGGAGUCCGCUCAAGCCCUCGUCGCCCCUGUCGCGCGCGCAAUCGGUGCGGCCAUCGACGCGCUGGUUCGGACCGGGGCGAAGACGGUGUUGGUUUCCGGGGUCUUCCCACUGGGGUGCGUCCCUCUGUUCCUCACCAGGUUCCGGACUCGGAACGCCGAGGCGUACGAUCCAGCGACGGGUUGCCUCAAGUGGCUGAACGAGUUAUCGCAGAAUCACAACCUGCUGCUGCAGCGCGAGCUCCGUCGACUUCGGCGAGCCCACCCACACUCCACCAUCAUCUACGCUGACAUUUAUGGAGCUAUGAUGGCCAUCUACACAUCUCCAAGCCAAUUCGGGAUGAGGUCGACUCUGGAGGCCUGCUGUGGGGGCGAGGGGCCCUACGACUACAAUUCCUCCGUGACCUGCGGUGAUCCGACGUCGACGUUGUGCAGCGAUCCAUGGAGCUACGUUUCUUGGGACGGGCUGCACCUCACCGAGGCAGCCUACCAAAUUAUUGCCAAUGGCGCGGGUAUAGUGGCCGGACCAAACGCACAAGUCUCCCACUACGCAAACGUUGAUCAAAUGUAAGCAGUAUAGAUUUAAAGAAACCAAGUAGAUCAAAUUAAAUGAUGAAAUAUAGAAUAGUUUUUGGUGAAAUAA